AUGGAAGCCGAUGGUGGCAGCGGUGGAAUACAAUUUCCUGUCAUGGAUUUCUUUAAGGACAAUAAAGAUGAUCACUUAGAUAAUAAUAAUAAUAAUAAUAAUGAUCUUGAUCACUCUAAGUUCAAUGAUGAUACCACCCAUGAUCACAUUCAUCAUGAUAUUAAUACUGGCUUGCAUCUUCUUACUCGGAACACAGUCAGCGAACAACCGGUUUUGGAUGAUGGAAUGUCUCUGGAAAAACAAGCUAAAGAUAAGUUGGAAGAUGAAUUAGAAAGGAUGAACAUCGAGAAUCAACAUUUGAACAGCGAGAAUCAACAAUUGAAACAAGAGUUGCACCUUAUGAAGAUGAAAUUACAAAAACAAGAAGAUCCUAAUGAAGAUCAUCAUCGUAAAGCUAGCAACAACGAAGGAGGAGGAGAUCUCACGAUGAUGCCACGACCGUUUAUGGAUCUAGGUUUACCAGCCUUGGAAGAUGAGAAUUCACGGUCUUCGUCUGAGGGAAUAAAGAGCCAUGAUCAUGAACUUGGGCCCAUCAAUGUUAUGGAUGGUAGAGAUCAACGAGAGAUCCCGGAACAGGUUUUGCCUUGUCCUAAUAAGGUACCAAGGUUGGAUGUUUUGAAAAAGGAUGAGAAUGGAAGUAUUGAUCAAGCUACAGAAGCAACUAUUCGAAAAGCCAGAGUUUCUGUUCGAGCCAGAUCAGAAGCUGCAAUGAUCACAGACGGGUGUCAAUGGAGAAAGUAUGGGCAGAAAAUGGCAAAAGGAAAUCCUUGUCCUCGAGCCUAUUAUAAGUGCACCAUGUCUACAGGUUGCCCCGUUAGGAAACAAGUACAAAGAUGCGCCGAAGACAGAACAAUCCUGAUCACAACCUAUGAAGGCAACCACAAUCACCCGUUGCCACCAGCCGCGAUGGCUAUGUCCUCAACCACUUCUUCCGCAGCCAGAAUGCUACUCUCGGGCUCAAUGCCAAGUGCAGACGGCAUCAUAAACUCGAAUUACUUAGCAACAACUCUCCUUCCUUGCUCCACAAACAUGGCAACUAUUUCAGCUUCCGCGCCAUUUCCUACUGUCACUUUAGACCUCACUCAAUCUCUCGACACACCACCCGGUCAACAACAUAACUUCACUGGUCAAAACGCCGCAUUACUUCCUCAAAUAAUCGGUCAGGGCUUAUAUAACCAAUCAAAAUUUUCUGGGCUUCAUUUAUCUCAACAAGAACCUUCACGUGUCGCUUUUGCUGACACUGUCAAUGCCCUCACUACUAACCCAAACUUUACGGCUGCGUUGGCUGUCGCGAUAUCCUCCAUUAUCGGCGGUGGUGGUGUUGAUGGUGGUUCUCAGCCAAAUUCUGCCUCGAAUACCAACAACAAUAGUAGUGUCACUGCCAGGAAUGAUACUGAGAACAACUUCUCUUUUAGAGGAAAUUAA